UAGGAAUUUCCGGUGACGUCAGCGCGUCUGGACUCCAUUAGAAGCUGCAGCUGUUUUGGAGAGAAACAACAACAACAGAAAAAGAAAGGCGACGCUUUUCUCUCUCUCUCUUUCUCUCUCUCUCUCUAUCUCUCUCUCUCUCCCCCCACCACCACCCACUACAGACACAGUGGAGUCCUGAACCUGCACCGUUGCCCCUUUUUUUCCUUUUCUACCACCCCCCUCCCACCUCCCCGGGAGCUGACCGUCUCCUGUCCCCGUAUCCCUCGCGGAGCAUCACGGGCUUCUCACCACGGCCGCUCUCGGUGAGGGAACUCUGGCCUCCGCUUCCUCCUCCUCCGACUCGGACACCGGCGGAGCGUCGCCGCCCCCGCGGAAGAAGCGCCGAGCCUCGGCGGCGGAGGGAGCAGGAGAGCCCGAGGCUUCAGCAGUAGCAGCAGGCCCGGCGGGCCUCUCCGCGGCGCUUUCCGCACGAACUCCCCCGCAUCCUCACGCCGUUCCCUUCAGCCGCGGCGCCGGCACCAACAUGCAGUCCAACGGGGCCGAUCAGGGACAGGACUCCGGGCUCAGCUGCCAAAACAAUAACGCACAGAACCUAGAGAACGGAGAGAACGGAGAGUGCUCCAGCGGCAGGGGGGAAACGGCGCACUCUAACGGGCUCCUCUCUGGACCCGGUACCGGGAAUAGCGCUGCUCAAACCGGUACCACAGCACCCGUAUCCACCGGAACCGGCUCCUUAAAGAAGCAAAAACGCCUUUCACAGUCUGAAGAAGAUGUGAUCCGGCUCAUAGGACAACAUCUGCACGGAUUAGGGCUGAAUCAGACAGUGGAUCUGUUGAUGCAGGAGUCGGGCUGCAGGCUGGAACACCCCGCUGCUACCAAGUUCAGAAACCACAUCAUGGAGGGAGAGUGGGAUAAGGCAGAAAAUGACCUCAGCGAACUCAAAGGCCUGAUGCAUUCACCCAAUGCUAUUGUGAGGAUGAAGUUUCUCCUCCUGCAGCAGAAGUAUCUGGAGUAUUUGGAGGACGGAAAAGUUCUGGAAGCGUUACAGGUGUUAAGAGGAGAGCUGACUCCGCUCAAAUACAACACGGACCGAAUCCACAUCCUCAGCGGGUAUCUGAUGUGCAGUCAUGCUGAGGACCUGAGAGCCAAAGCCGAGUGGGAGGGGAAAGGAGUGAGCUCACGCUCCAAACUGCUCGAUAAACUACAGACGUACCUCCCCCCCUCGGUGAUGCUGCCCCCCAGGAGGUUACACACACUCCUGCGUCAGGCUGUGGAGUUACAGAGAGAUCGCUGCCUUUAUCACAACACCAAGACAGACAACAACCUCGACUCUGUUUCACUACUGCUGGACCAUGUGUGCAGCAGGAAGCAGUUCCCAUGUUACACUCAGCAGAUUCUGACCGAACACUGUAACGAGGUUUGGUUCUGCAAGUUCUCCAACGACGGCACCAAACUCGCCACUGGAUCCAAAGACACCACGGUGAUCGUGUGGCAGGUGGUCCCGGACACACACCAGCUGAAGUUGUGGAGGACAUUGGAGGGUCACGCAUAUGGAGUGUCUUACCUGGCCUGGAGUCCUGAUGACGUUUACCUCAUUGCCUGUGGCCCAGACGACUGUUCAGAACUCUGGCUCUGGAACGUACAGACAGGUGAACUGCGUACAAAGAUGAGUCAGUCUCACGAGGACAGUCUGACCAGUGUUGCCUGGAACCCUGAUGGCAAGCGAUUCGUUACAGGAGGACAGCGAGGACAGUUCUACCAAUGCGAUCUGGACGGUAAUCUGGUGGACUCGUGGGAAGGAGUGCGUGUCCAGUGUUUAUGGUGUGUGAGUGACGGCCGUACGGUGCUGGCCUCCGAUACACACCAACGCAUCCGUGCCUACAACUUCGAGGACCUGACCGACAGAAACAUAGUUCAGGAGGAUCAUCCGAUCAUGUCUUUCACCGUUUCUAAGAACGGACGAUUAGCUUUGUUAAAUGUAGCAACUCAGGGGGUUCAUCUCUGGGACCUGCAGGACCGUGUGUUGGUCAGGAAGUAUCAGGGAGUGACGCAGGGCUUCUACACCAUCCACUCCUGCUUCGGUGGCCAUAACGAGGACUUCAUCGCCAGCGGCAGUGAAGAUCAUAAAGUGUAUAUUUGGCACAAGCGUAGCGAGCUGCCUAUAGCCGAGCUAACCGGACACACCCGCACUGUGAACUGUGUUAGCUGGAACCCGUGUGUGCCGAGUCUGAUGGCCAGCGCUUCAGACGACGGCACGGUUCGAGUGUGGGGCCCCGCCCCCUUCCUCCACACACAGGAAGUGGACACUUUCAACGAGAACUGCAGUAACAUGGACAGUUGAUGAUGAUGAUGAUGAUGAUGAUGAUGAAGUCCAUUUCAGAGAAACAUUCAAAAAUAUCUAAAGAACCGAGAUUCCACGUCAAGAACAAACGAACAAAACCAGAACAGACAAUACAGAGUAACAACCUGCGCCAGCGUGUGUGUGUGUGAGAGAGUGUGUGUGUGUGUGUGUAAGUGUUUGGGAGUUCAAAAUCGUCACGGUGACUAAAUCCGUCUCCAUGGCAACCCAAAAAACAUGCCGAUUUCCAGAUCGUUAGGUAAACGAGAGGUGGAGGGAUGAGGGGGAUAAUAAAUAGUCUCACUUCUCUCUUCACUCGUUCGUCACACACACACCAUUACUGUUCUUUAGUUCUUUCUUUUUUCUUUUUUUUUUACAUUUUUAUUUAAAGAUAUUACUAACCCAAGCAGUUUAUUUGGUCACACCUCCUCCACACUCCCUCAUCCCUCCAUCCAUCCAUCCAUCUGUUCUUCUCCUGAUUCCCUCACUUCUGACAGGGUUACUGAUUGCAGGAUUGUGUGUGUGUGUGUGUGUGAGGAGAAAUAGGAAUAGUUUUAAUCUGAUUCAGAGCCCCACUGAGACCUUCAUCUGUGGAACAAAAAAAAUGACGCCAGUUUUGUAACCUUAUUGUUUUAAAAAAUAAUAACAAUAAAAAAUGAGGGCUGUUUUCUUUCCAACAAUUUUUUUUUGUUUGAAAUAUAAUUCGGUUUAAAAAAUAACCGUUCCUGUGAAGAGAGGGUGGAGGUUUAGCAAAAUAAUAAAUCCACUGUGACCCUUCAGCUGUCAGUGGACACGCCCACUGUGGUGGGUGUGGUCGUACCUGUGACAUCAUCACAGAACCCUCCACGCCCUGAGGAUUCAGAUCAUGUACAGAUGUAACACUUUUCAGCCUGUUGUUUUAGUUUACUCGCCCCCGAGCUAGCUGUGACGAACCCAUGCUGGCGUGCGAAUCAGACGGCUGUGUAGAUAACCACGUGAACGAUUUCAGCCAAUUGGCAAAAGGCUGUGACCUCAGGAGGGGGCAGGGGAGCACCGGAGUCUCCACGCUGGCUUCUGAUUGGAUGCAGUGCAUUUCCUGUGUAGUCUGCAGCGAAUGUUCCUGAAGCCCCUUCUCAUAUAUGAUAAUCUAUGCAGCGUAGCUCCGCCCACAAAUUUCAAUCAGUCACAUGACACUCAAAAUCUCUAUAAUCUGUGUCCCUGGUCCUGGAAUGCUUCCUCACUUAUGACCUAUGCAGUAAAGCCCCGCCUUUGAGGAAUUCAUCCACGCCUCUUUUCAGCAAGUUUACAAAACCAUGCCCCUUCUUUUUUUUUUUUCUUAUAGACUUAACAAGAUGCCACGCCCCUUCAAUCAUCUCACAGACGAAUUUAAACAAAGGUUUUUUUUCUUUCCUAGAACGUAAUUCAUUCAUGACCUAUGCAACAAAGCCCUGCCCCAAAUUUUGACAAAGCUCCACCCUUUUUUUUAAGUUCUAGGAAACGGGCCCGGUUCAUACAGUUGCCCCGCCCCUUUGUGUGUGUGUUCCUGUUUGAGGAACGCUUCCUCAUUUAUGACCUAUGCAGCAAAGCCCCACUCAAAAAAAUGGCAUUUCACAUAAAAGCCCCGCCUCUUUUUGAGUUCCAGCUUCGGAGCGGUGUAAAAGGGGGCGUCGUCGCUUUGCACUACGUAUAAUAAUCCACUCGUAUUUCAGCCGUCGUGAUAUUUCUGCCACAAACGCUGGUUUUUGGUGAAAUCUGCCAACAUGCUGGAAAUUUCUGACAUGGGAAAAGUGUUUUUUCACGCUGUUGGCUCGCUGUGUUUACCUUUAGGUACAAAAAGACAUUUUUUCAGGCAGUAAAGUUUUUUUAUUCACAGAGUUUAGAGCUUUCAAUUCCCCUUUUGUUUUUUGGAAAGAAACAAUAUUUACUAUGGACUGAUAGUAAUGCCUUUUUCUGUUUUUAUUACAUUUUUUGUUACAUUUUUUGGGGGGUUAUGAUUUGUUUUGUUUUGUUUUUGGUUUUUUUUGGUUGAUCCUUUAUCCCUGUAUUAUCAUAUUAAACUAUAACCAGCCAAAUCGUCUCCUCGUUAUUAAUUUUUUUAUGAUUUAACCUUAACAUUUAUUAUUUUUUGGUUCAUUUCUUACAUUCAUAUCAUUUUUUUUAAAACCAUUUUUUUUAAACAUUUAACAUGACUUGAUAACUUCUAAGUGCACUAUGGAGAGAGCGGAGCCGAAUGAGACGCUCUGAGGCAAUAUGUCGGGUUUGGAUAUGAGAUUUUUCUUCCUGUAUGUGCCAUUUAAAGAAAUAAAAAAAAAAAAAAACAAA